AUGUUGACAAAAAAUGGUACAUAUUCCAUCACACGGAGUUAUUUGGCAAUUAAAGGGCAAAGACAACAAUUGGAAACUGCUGAUUUAGUGUGGACUGUUGUGGCUCUACCAAAACACAGAUUCAUGGUGUGGCUAGCUAUACAAGGUCGAUUGCUUACACAAGAGAGAAAGUUGAGACUGCACAUUCAGGUUGAUGACACUAAAUGUUGUCUAUGUGAAGAGAAAGUUAUGGAGACCACAAAGCAUUUGUUUGAAGAAUGUAAAUGGUCUAAGAUGGUAUGGCAAGAGAUAGUUCAGUGGACAGGUAUAUAUUUGAUAAACAAUGGGAUCAAACAGUUUCUGGAUGGAAUAAAGGAGAAACAUUGGAAGCAGUUUAAAAAGGAGACUAUUGCGGCAAUUAGUGGAGCAGUCCUAUAUCACACUUGGCGUGCUAGAAAUUGGAAGAAGUACAAAGGAAAGAAUGUAAAUACAAAAGAUGCAGUCAUACAGAUUAAGACGGAGAUAACAGAAAGAAUACAAUUCUUGAGUAAUUCAAAGAAAGCUCAAAGAUGUAGAGGUUUCAUUCAACAUUUACUUUGUAAUUAG